CGCUCUGGGGUUACUUCCGUCCCGGGGUGUUGGUGGUGGGAGGAGGUUGCGGCCGACAGCGUUUGGGGACGCGCAGAGCGAGGCUGCAGUCCGCGCUCCCGGUGGCGAUGCUGGGGGACGGCUCCGGCGAUGGCGAGCGCGACACGGACGAGGACGCGGCGGGGGCGGUGGCCGCACCUCCCGCCAUCGACUUCCCCGUAGAGGUCUCGGAUCCCAAGUAUGAUGAGUCCAACAUCCCGGCGGAGCUCCAAGUGUUAAAAGAACCCCUGCAGCAGCCCACAUUCCCUUUCGCAGUGGCGAACCAGCUGCUGCUUGUCUCCUUGUUGGAACACUUGAGCCAUGUGCACGAGCCAAACCCAGUUCAUUCGAAACAGGUGUUUAAAUUACUCUGCCAGACUUUUAUCAAGAUGGGGCUGCUGUCUUCCUUUACCUGCAGUGAUGAGUUCAGCUCCCUGAGGCUGCAUCACAACAGAGCCAUCACUCACUUAAUGAGGUCUGCCAAGGAGAGAGUGCGCCAGGGUCCUUGUGAAGAUAAUUCUUACAUGCAGAAAAUCAGAUCCAGGGAGAUAGCUUUCGAAGCACAAACAUCACGCUACUUAAACGAAUUUGAAGAGCUUGCCAUCUUAGGAAAAGGAGGAUAUGGAAGAGUAUACAAGGUCCGGAACAAGCUAGAUGGUCAGCAUUAUGCAAUUAAGAAAAUCCUGAUUAAGAGUGCAACUAAAACAGACUGUAUGAAGGUGCUACGGGAAGUAAAGGUUCUGGCAGGUCUCCAACAUCCCCAUAUUGUUGGCUAUCACACUGCAUGGAUAGAGCAUGUGCAUGUGGUUCAGCCACAAGACAGAGUUCCCAUUCAGCUGCCCUCUCUUGAAGUGCUGUCGGAGCACAAAGGGGACAGAGAUCAAGGUGGUGUUAAAGAUAAUGAAAGCAGUUCAUCCAUUAUCUUUGCUGAACUUACCUCAGAAAAGGAAAAACCUUUCGGCGAAUCUGACAUUAAAAAUGAGAAUAACAACUUGGUGAGCUACACGGCCAAUUUAGUGAUCAGGAACAGCAGUGAAUUUGAAUCGUCUGUUGAGCUCCAAGAAAAUGGCUUGACUGAUUUGUCUGCCAGACCAGUUGUCAAGCAUCAGCUGCCACUGGGGCAGCAAUCAGACUUGGAAGGGACUUUUACAUCCACAGAUGAGUCUUCUGAAGACAACUUGAACCUGCUGGGGCAGACAGAGGUUCGAUACCACCUGAUGUUGCACAUCCAGAUGCAGCUGUGUGAGCUCUCCUUGUGGGACUGGAUAGCCGAGAGGAACAAGCGGAGCCAGGAAUAUGUGGAUGAAGCCGCCUGUCCCUAUGUUAUGGCCAGUGUUGCAACAAAAAUCUUCCAGGAAUUGGUGGAAGGUGUCUUUUACAUACACAGCAUGGGCAUUGUCCACAGAGACCUGAAGCCUAGAAAUAUUUUUCUUCAUGGCCCUGAUCAGCAAGUAAAAAUAGGAGACUUUGGUCUGGCUUGUGCAGACAUCAUACAGAAGAAUGCAGAUUGGACCAACAGAAAUGGGAAAGGAACGCCAACACAUACAUCGAGAGUGGGCACUUGUCUGUAUGCGUCACCUGAGCAGCUGGAAGGAUCUGAGUAUGAUGCCAAGUCAGAUAUGUACAGCUUGGGUGUGAUCCUGCUUGAGCUAUUUCAGCCAUUUGGGACAGAAAUGGAGCGAGCAGCCGUCUUGACAGGCGUAAGGACUGGUCGGAUACCCGAGUCCCUCAGUAAAAGGUGUCCCGUGCAAGCCAAGUAUAUCCAGCUCCUGACCAGGAGGAACGCAUCACAGAGACCGUCUGCUCUUGAGCUGCUGCAGAGCGAACUUUUUCAGACAACUGGAAAUGUUAAUCUCACAUUGCAGAUGAAGAUAAUAGAGCAAGAAAAGGAAAUUGAAGAACUAAAGAAGCAACUAAGCCUCCUCUCUCAGGACAAAGGGCUGAAGGGAUGAGAGGGAAAAUGGGGCCUACCUGUGUAGCCUGAAUUAUGUUCUCAACCAUGUGAAAAUGGACUUAUAUUCUUAAAACAGUCAACAGGAAUGUCAGUUUUCAACCCUUAGCUGGGACAGGUGGUGUGACUCCCAAUUGUACUUAGCAAACCUAUGUAAAGAUUUUCCUUUUCCUUAAGGAAUCUUCUCAUUACCCAAGACUCUACUAAAUUAAGCCUCUUCCUCCUGCCCUCCCCAAGUUUCAGUGCCUGAAUUUCCUACUUAAAUGUUACUACCCACCCCUGAAGCUUAAGAUACCACUCUUAACUUUCUUUAAGCCGAUUGACCAUCCUGUCUUCCAGAGCAUUCUACAGAAAUCAGUGCUCCCCUCCCCUACAGCUGCAAGUCUUCCCUGGUCCCUUCGUGCUGCCACCACGGCUGGUUACCAAAAGACACCUGACCACUCCUUGGCUCAAAGUUUCUGUGGGCUGUGCACUGCCUGGAAGGUCAGAGUUCAGCCUGUUAGCACAGAGCUCCACUCCCAGCAUUUUUGUUCUCUUUCAACUUGGCAUCAUCCUGCAGCGCGCCCUAUCAAGCUUUGAACUCCUGGCCUCAAGUGAUCUUAGGAACAGAGACCCUGUUUUCUGCCGUUCUUUCUCAGUCUCCCAGGAUCCAUUUCCUUUUUAAAGCCCUCCACUCCCAAACCACCUGAACAUUCUCAGACAGCAAUCUCUGAUGCAAUAAAGUGCCUGCCCUCUGGCAGGCAGUCAUCUCAGUGCACUGCACUUGAUUUUACUAACUUCUAAAUAAAAUCAAAUCCAUAGA